AUGAUUACGUUAAGCAAGGGCGGCGAGUCUCCAGUGAUGGUGAGUGACCGAGACGUGACAGUCAAGGGAUAUGAGGUGUUCUGUCCUCCGCAGAAGUGGAGUGGUCAGUAUGUAACGUUAGCACAAAUUCAACCAUCUGUUGACAAUGUUCCCUACCUUGAUGAGAGUAAAAAAUCUCUUCAGGAGUUUACGGUGCUCAGUGGAAGGUUCUUAGCGGGUUUAUUUAACCUCCCGACGAAUACGCUGCUGCCGAUUCCAGCAUGGGCGCAGACGGAGGGGAUUUCCGCACACAUCACACGUCCUCACCUUGUGGUGCAUAGAGAGCAGUUGCAUGUGUUUUACCUUGUUCGCAUGUUGGGUCCGCACCCGCCGCAGCGAUCCAGUUCAUUCCGCAUGCGGGGAGGCAGUGCCUUGGGUGGAGCUAACGUGAGUGGGGAGGGGGCUUCCAUUGGAAACGGCUCCAGUGAAGAAAAGGUGGCAGCUGAUGCUGCGACGGCGCCCACGGGCAAUCUUUCACACGAGAGCAGCUUCGCUGAAAACUCCGUAGCAGGAGUUUGCCGCUACGGCCUUGCCCACGCGGUGACCACGGAUCCCAAGCUGCGUACAUGGAAGCUGCUGACCGAAAAGGAGCCUCUAUUCUCGUGUUCGCAUUUCAUGCCAGUCUUCACGGCGGCGUCUACCUCUUCGUUUCUUGUCGUGCGAGAUUCCGAGGAGGACGCUUCUCCGCCGUCGAGGUCGGGGGAGAGGACCCUGCAACUUUUUUGGUACGAGGAGGACUUCGCCUUGCGACACGCGGCAGCUUCCACGCAUCGCUCUACCCGUCGCUCCCUGCCGUUGGGCCCUAACAAUAGUAACCGCAUUCUUUUACCUUUUGAACACCUGGUGAACACCCACGAGGAGGCGUUGCCGGAGCACUGGGUGCAAGAGCCCUGCUACUCUUCCGUACGCAUGGGCGCGGAUUCCCUCAAGGUUGGCGUCUCCUCGCUCUCAUUUUGCGAGCACGACGGUGCCACCUUUGCGGCCUGUGUGCAACAUGAUGCACAUCAACGACUCACGCUAACCGUGUUGCCUGUGACGAAUGAACCGUGA